CUCUUUGUUCCCAAAGACGUUCCAGCCACCGCGCGUCUUUCAUUCCUGAUCUUUUAUUCCCACAAGUCUCUGUGAAGACAAGUGAUGUCAACAGCUACGUUAAUUAAUUUGGUACGCAACGGAGGGUAUCAAGUGAGAAGGAGAGCUCUGCUGACGUCCCGCCUCUUGCAAGAGGAGAAGCGUCCGGCAGCCGCCUGCUACAGCUCCACCUCCGAGCGCCGCGCUUCCCGCUUCGAUCCGGAUGGCAGCGGGCGGCCCACCACAUGGGACACCUUCGGCAUCUGGGACAACCGCAUCGAUGAACCCAUUCUCCUCCCACCCAGCAUAAAGUAUGGGAAGCCCAUUCCCAAGGUCAGCCUGGCCAACGUGGGCUGCGCCAGCCAUAUCGGGAAGCGUAAGGAAAACGAAGACCGGUUUGAUUAUGCCCAGCUGACAGAGGACGUGCUGUACUUCGCAGUGUAUGACGGGCAUGGUGGGGCGACAGCGGCAGACUUCUGUCAUAAGUACAUGGAAAAAUACAUUAAAGAAUUUCUUGCUGAGGAGGAGAACUUGGAAAAUGUUUUGAACAAAGCUUUUCUAGAAAUAAACAAAGCCUAUGAAAGGCACGCUCAUCUGUCUGCUGACGCAACUCUGACGAACUCUGGGACCACUGCAACAGUGGCUCUGCUCCGGGAUGGUAUUGAGCUGGUUGUGGCAAGUGUGGGAGACAGUCGUGCUCUGCUGUGUCGAAAGGGAAAGGCCAUGAAGCUCACCAUUGACCAUACUCCGGAGAGAAAGGAGGAGAAGGAAAGGAUUAGGAAGUGCGGUGGCUUCAUUGCCUGGAACAGUUUGGGGCAACCUCAUGUGAACGGUAGACUCGCAAUGACGCGGAGCAUAGGAGAUUUGGAUCUUAAAAACAGUGGUGUCAUAGCCCAGCCAGAAACAAAAAGGGUUCAGUUGCAUCAUGCAGAUGACAGCUUCCUGGUUCUUACUACGGACGGUAUUAACUUCAUGGUGAACAGUCAGGAGAUCUGUGACUUCAUUAAACAGUGCCACGAUCCUGCUGAGGCUGCCCACGUUGUUACUGAGCAGGCGAUGCAGUUUGGCACUGAAGACAACAGCACUGUUGUCAUAGUGCCGUUUGGAGCGUGGGGAAAGUACAAAAACAGCGAGAUCAACUUCUCCUUCAGCCGCAGUUUUGCUUCCAGUGGGAGGUGGGCGUGAAGACCUGCCACAGCCAUCUUUUCCUGCCAUAAUCUGGACACGGCGUGCGACAGGAGAACACAUCCAUCUGUUCAUAGGUUGACUCAGUGUCUUGUCCAUCUCCUCCGUUCCCAGUGUUGUAGAAGAUGCCACUGCUCCCUCAGUGCAUAAUGCCCUGUCCUCGCCUGUGGGUGACCGUGUUCUGCUGCAUUUAUUUAUUCCAGUCGGCGUUGAGGCAGCUAUUUCUUUGGGCUUGUUGUCCCGACAGCUCUGCACAUCCCUUUGUUCACGUAGAUGAGGCUCUGGGCUUUCACCUGAGGCUGGAGGUGUUGCACAAUUGUUUCAUACCUGCUUGUAUUACCCAGCAGUUACCUGGCAGCUGUGUCCGAAUCUGAGCCACACGCUGGCUUCUUUGUACGUUAAUACAUGGGGGAACAAAGGCACAGUGUUCUUUUAGGUAGACAAAAAGUGGGUUUGUUGUCUUUCUCUGCUGUGCAGCCACCCAAAACUCCCCCGUGCUUCAGGUGAAAAGCACAGGAGAAGUUUCAGAAGCAUUAAGUUCUGAUGCCAGUGGCAUCUGGCGCAGCUGAACAGCUUCCUGAGACGGGGCUGUGUUGUGGGGCUUUAUGUUCUUGGUGCCAUCAUCCAUGGUUCUCUCGCUCCAAGGAGACAGAGCAGGCUGGAGCCACGUGCCCUUGGACAGAUGGGAACAUUUCUCCACUGGGUCCAAAGCCUGUACGGUCUCUGAGGACCACGCAGCAGCCCUGUGCACUCUCAUCUCUUUGGUGUGCCUGUGCCUGACAGGAGCAUAGAGGGAAAAAGUUGCACGUUUUUGCUAUCCAGACUCCCAUCAACUUGAAUUUUUUUUUUUUCUUUCUUAAAAAAAAAAAAAGCAACAGCUAAUUUCAGAGUUUACUAAUCAAGAUGUGUAAGACAGGAGAGUUUAUUUCUUCCUAAAUAGAUGAGGAUUUUCCCACCGUGUGCUGAAGUUUUCUUUCAGCUAGUCAUGAUGUCUCGUCUCACUUCAUGGUGUACAGGGAGCUGUGAAAUGCCCAAAAGAAGCAAGCUAGAGAAAGGAGAGAGCAUUACAAUAACAUAAUUUUUGUAAGUUUUGGGUACUGUUUCUAGCAGGUGUCAGACAUUCAGACACCAGAAGGUAGUUUUAUACUUCAAGGAAGGAGUUCCGCUUCCCUUUCUGUGUCCAGUGGGGGGGGGCAGAACUCUGAGCCAGAUCAUAUCGGCGCUGUGACACGGGCUGCAGGGGAUGUGCUGGCACCUGGUGAAGGUCUGUCCCCUCAUCCAGGCCUCCUCCUUUCUCCGCUCCACAUCAAGUGUGCAGUUCCUCUGACCUCCAAGUCACCCUGUCACGAUGAAAUACAGGCAGAGAAGAAUUGGGCUCUUCUCGGGCUUGCUGCAAGAUUUUUCAUUCUGUGGAUUUUUCCAACAACUCAAUCGUAAAAACAAAACAAAAAAGUUGUCUGACACUAGAUCACCUCAUGAUAAGGAAAAAUAUUUCUGAGGUGCCUGGCCUGAUUUUUCAUUUUGAGGUACUCACCUUCAUUACUUUUAGCCCUUUCCUUUCAUUCCACGUUUUCCCUUGCCUCCGGUCGAAGGCCUGACAGCACCCAGCAGAGCACAGUGUCGUACUGAGAGCAUUAAGGGUUUAGCGUUCGCUGUUUUCAUCCCGUUACCUGGUGUAUUUAAUGUGUGUAUUCGGUUUAUAAGUACAAAGAGCUUGUGAGUCAGUGUGUGUAAAUCUGUUGCCCAGGCCUCCAUAACGAGCGCAUUGUUGGUUUACAACAAUAAUCCCUUCUCUCUUCUCAGACUUUCCCCUGGGCUGGGGUUCAGUCUUCACCUGAGAACAGAAUGUUUUCUGGUCCUGGUCUUAGGCCCAGCCUUGCUUACCUGAGGCAGAGGGGCACUUUUAGCUGUUACCAGCGAGAGCAGGUUCUCAGUCUACGGCAAGUUUGAAGAUUCCCACAACCCAUUUGUGGCAAAAAAAAAAAAAAAAAAAAGCAAAACGCACCCUCCCCUGAGCACUUGAGCAAAGGUCACACCUGAGAGGGUCAGAGAGCUGCUUCUGGAAUGUGGUCGGGACCGGUUUGAGCUGCAGCAUGAACAGCUGACAGCUUUUUUUUUCUCCUGCCAAAGCAGUGACCUGCUGAAACAGAAGUCUGCUAGUUCCUAGCAAAGGGUUAACCACAGCCUGCAGCAGCCUUACUCCGGGUUAGAGUCGAGCUCUGGAGAGGGAGUUGCUUUAGUAUCGAGUGUCAGACAGGCCUGAGCCGUGCUGCAGGGAUUUGGACAAUCUCCAUCAACACUGUCCUGUUCCAGAUGCUGCUCGUUUCUGUUUGGCCAGCCGUGGAUUUUUUUUGGAGCAGUGCUGGAUCCUUGCCAAGCUGAAGACACAGUAUUAAAUGCAGGCUGCUAAUGAAAAACACUGCAAAUGAAGAGCAGGUGCUCUGAGGAAUGACCUAGCAGUUAGUUAGAGGAGCUUCUAAACGCUGACCCAGAUGUAACAUAAAAUCACAGUUUUUCUUCUCUUUAGAGGUUUGGGGGUGUUUUUUGUUUUAUCCCUAUCUGGGUACCUGAUACAAAACAAGUGGCUGGGGGCUUUUAUUUCUUCUAACAGUGGUUAUCCUCUCAGAGGAAAGAUCCAUCCAUAGCUUUUAAAUUUGAUGAAGGAAGGGAUAAGACAAAGCUCUGCAAAAUCAAAGAUGGUUCGAUAAAGGUGUCUUGGCGGUUGCUAUUACUGCCUUUAUACAAUCACAAAAAACCUUAGAUUGGAAAGGACUUGUGGGUGUCGUCAAGCAUAGGCUAAAUUAAGAAUUGUGUGCUGCAGUGAAGGGAUGUCUCCUGACAUGGAAAUGCUGUGCCUGAAAAUGGGUGGGAGAAAGAAUUUAAACUGCAGUGCGGUUUGUCUGGGCAGGACCAGGAUGGUUCGCAGAUCCUCUGGUGUUAACCAGACAAGCGGCUUCUGCUGAAUUUGAAUCCCAUUGCCCAAUGCCCUCAACAGUCCUUAACAGUCCAUUAUAGCACUCGAUCUUUCCAGAGGCUUUUGGGUGACAGAGGAUGUGAUCCACCCACUCAAUGUGUUUCUUUGCCCAGGAGUUGAGAUUAUUUGGGAAAUUAGUCCCACUGUCUGAUUCAGUUACUUCUGGGGUGCGUAGUCGUACAGAAUUUGCCUGUCAAGGCCCAGGGUGGUUCGGGCAGUGGCGUGGCUUACAGGGCACGUUUUUAGCCAACCAGUAGAUGCUGCCACCAUGAUGAGCUGUAGCACUUGCAUUGGCAUGUUCGUGGCAGUGAUCUAAUAAAGUCAAUCAGGCCUUGCUGUAUCAAAAAAACAGCCACUCUCUGUUCCAGGGAGAUUUCACUCGUGUGACUCACGUGGUUGCGGCAGCCGUUGCACAUCCAUGAGUGACCUGUGUGAUGGCCUCCGUGGUCAGGUCCACCCUGAAUUUUAGGGAUGGAUUCUGACCUCUACUGGAUCUGAUAAGGGUAUUUCCUUGCCUGCGUGCCCCCCUGGGGGCAGUGGUAUUUCUCGCUGAACAGGCACUGCAGGAGGGUGGGCUGUGGGUGCAGAAAGGCCAAAAAUGCUGACCAGCAUUUGGACCCAUUUGUACUGGGAGGAUACAGAAGGUAUGGGAGGGGCCUUGUGUGGCUGGAGGAUUUACUAGCAGAUGUUUUGAGGCUACAGCUGGAGUUCCAGCUCAGUCUCCCCACCACCUGGAAAGGGGGCUUCCACGCUUUGGAGAGGGAACUCACUAAAAUAGCAUUUUCAGUCUUAGACUGUGGAGAGCUGGUCUCACUGGAAGGGGAGUGUGGUGCAAGGGGCUGCAGUGGGGAUGAGAUCCAACAAUCCUCUUGAUCCAGGGUCCUCAAUGCAAUCAGUCCUUUCUGGUUGGAAGAUAAUCCUGGAGCGGAGUUUGAGGUUGAGAACGGGUGCAUGGAGAGAAAUCAGCAAUAUUACUGCUUUUUACAUACUUGGGGAAAAUGAAAACUGCGAGGAGCUUAGACAGACCGCAGGGUUUCUGUUGACUUCCACAGGAUCAGGGUUACCAGACCCCCUUUUCUGUCUCAGCAGGUGGAUGGGCCGUCUUCAAAGGCAUUGGGAUUUCUAGCUAAGGGAGAAGCACAAAACAAAUACCAGUGAAACUGGUUUAACAUUAAUUUUUCUUAGAGAAAUUCAGCCAGGUGCUGCUAGGCCCACUGGGUGCUCACCCAACAAGCUGAACACUCCAGGUAUUCCUUGGUUCCAAAGCUUCUGUGCUCAACACAGAGACACCCAGCAGGGUGUGCUCUUGACCCAGGGUAGGGAGUGCCUGGCAGAGGCGUUUCUCAUCACUUUCUACAGACUGAAGUGCAAUUGUGUACAUUUGUUACAUAGUUUGCCUUAGGACUGAGUACAAUUCCUGUGGUUUGAUGUUUAUGUUUGGGGUAAUCAGCGUCUGUAAUUCAUCUACUUAAUUUUAUAGAGGUGUCCAUCUUGCCUUUUUUUUU